ACCGAAAAAACUACACUGACCACAGCUUUGCUUGCAUCUCGCCAGACGUUCCCCAUGAAGGGCAUGUGUCUAUCCCCUCAUCAGCCGGUGUGUCCGUUGCGUGUAUGGGGGUGUGGAGGGGCCGUGCUUGGGAUACUCCGGCGAGGCAGGAUCAAUGGGCCCCCAGGGCAUCUUGUAGUGUCGGAACACCUUGAGGUCGAUUUGCCAUGGCGUCCCUAUCCAGAAGGGCCAGUCCUCAUGAUCCCUCACCGCACACUGCAGAUACAAGACACACAGAAUGUGCACGGCAGGCCGCCUCCCGCACGCAUGGUUCUCUCUGCGCUUCUUACCCCGCUGUUGGGGUGGAUGAGCACAUCGUAUAUCCUGACACACACGAAGAGGCAAUCACGAGGCAUCCAGCCAGGUCACGUUUGCUUGCAGAGCUGUGUGCAGCCCGUACCCUCUAUGCUGCGAUAUCCACUGUGCGAGCGGCGCAAAGUCUUCCAGCUGUCGGCACCAGCAACAGGAGGAUGACAGCCAACACAUGAAAACAUACAGACAGACAUGAGCCAAUGCGCGUCUGUGUUAAGGUGAGGGAGCUCACAUGGACAUAGAUGGCCCAUUGCCCGACGAGGAACGGUCCGGCGGGAGAGUAGUCGGUCUCGAAGUAGCACGUGGUGUUCUGAUGGAACAAUGAGGUGCAGUGGUUGGUGAUGUUGAAGUGCGUCACCAGCCGCUCCUUCAGCCUCUCGGCGCCCUUCGUGUGCUCUUCGUUGUUCUGCAGGCACCAACACACACACACACACACACACAAAACAAACACACAGAGACAGACAGACAGACACACAAGACAGACAGAAAAGAAACACCGUCAAGUGCAAUGAAGCAGUCCAAUUAUUGGUCCUUCUGACCUGCCAGAACAUUGUGUGGAUGUGGUACGAGUGGUAGGGGAUGCUCUCCAGCUGGGCCUCGGUCUGUGCAUCCUCACAUAGGACACUGCCGUCUGCGCGUCGAGGCGGUGGAUAAAGUGACGGGUGUGCGGCCGCCUCUCGAUAGAGGAGCACCGCCGCCAACAAGCCUAUGAAGAACUUCAUUUCCAGCCGAAAGACUCAAGCAGAUCUGAACACACACAAAGGAGCACCGGUUUGAUUCAUGAGAUGAGUCUACGUGUGGACACAUGCUUACAGCAAGACCACGGCAGCUCCCUUCUCCCUCUUGCUCUCUUCACGCUUUUGCGAGCUUGCUUUGCGAGCUAAGCUUCUAGUUUCC